ACUUAAAUAACGUCAUAGAUUUCGCGAAGACGCUUUGGUUUUUUCAAGUUCUGAAUGAGGUAAAAAUAAAGGAAAUUGGGAUACUGGGUAAUAAGAAUUCUAAUGGGAGCUCCAGUACAACAGGGAAAGCCAAAUAGACGAGGUCCUGGAAAUAUGAGAGGUCGUGGUGGAAAUGGAAAAAUGCGAGGGCAAGGGCGUGUGUUUAAUGGACAACCGCCAUUUGGGAAUCCAGGAAUGAUGCGAGGUGGUUUUAGAGGAAAUAUGAGGCCUCCACAAGGUCCUCCGAUGCGCGGUGGAAGACCCCCUAUGAGAGGACGUCCACUUCCCCCGCCGCCGCCAAGAAUGAUGGGACCCAGAGGGCCCAUGAUGCCUCCAAUGAGACCACCUCCACCAGGUAUGAGGCCUCCACCAGGUAUGAGACCACCUCCACCAAUGAUGAUGAUGGGUCCUAUGCCCCCACCAAUGAGAGGUGGCAUGUUUAGAGGAGGAAUGAGAGGCAAGGGCCGCUUUCCACCAGGACCACCAAUGCCUAACAACAAUUUCAGAGGUAUCAACAAAAAAAGCAAAAUCAUCAGAAAAGGUAAAACUAUUCCUGUUGAUGUAGAUCUAACCAAAUCGUUUGUGACAGAAGCUAUUAAAGCUGAAUUUGAAAAGAAAGAAGAAUUCUUCUAUAAAGCCAAGACUUCUCAGAAGAAGGAAGAUUGGAUAAAAUACAAGGAGCAACGAGAUAAAUGUGCAGAAGUUUAUGAGGAAGCCGAAAAGGGAUCUGCAGGGCAUCAGGAGGUAGGCAAUUUCGAAUGUAAUAACCCUGAAGAUGAGUACAUUGAAAAUACUUACGAAGAGAAUGAGGAUUUAAAUGAAACUGAUGAAUACACAGAAUAUGAAGACUAUAGCUAUGAAGAAAACAGUCAAUAUUAUGAAGAAAAUUACUAUCAUGGGUAUCAACAAGAAACGCAAGAAAUUCUUUUUACGUGUGAAAGUUGCGAGAGAGAUUUUUAUAAUCAAAAUCAAUAUGACAAGCAUAUGUCACAACACAAAACUUGUAAUUUAGACGGCUGUACAUUUACCGCUCACGAAAAAAUUUUGGAGAAACACGUUUUUAAUGCAACAUGCUACCGGUUUGUAUGACAGAAUUAGAAAUAUAAAUACUCCAGAAGAUAUAGCCAAGUGGGUGGAAGAUAGGAAGAAGAAUUAUCCCAGUAAAGAAAAUAUUAUGAAACGGCAGAUAAAACAGGAAGCCAUGUUGAAAAGGGGAGAAAGGAUAAAAAAGAACGAGAAUCGAUUUGGAAAAGAUAAAUAUCGAUUGACCAAAGCUGUAAAAAACAAGAAGCAACUUCAAAAGAAAAAACAAAAGCGUUCAUUUGUUAAAGAGAAGCAAACUGUAUCUCUAAUAGACGAAAAAGCUGAUUGGAAUGGAAAUAUGUUUCCCUUUAAAGGUACCUCUACCAUGGAAGAAGAAAAAGAAAAGGACCUAAGCGACUAUGAUGAUGAAGAAUGGAGUAGUGAGCCAUCCAAACCGAUGGAAAUGAAACUAAAUGGUGCUCUGAGUGCACUAAUGGGGGCAUAUAUGAGUGAUAGUGAAUCUGAAAGUGAAGCAACAAUUGUUAAAGUGACACCAGCUAAUAAACAAGAACCAAAAGUUGAAGGCAAAUACCCUGAUAGUGAUGGAGAACCUCCAACUGAAGUCAAAAAUCAAAAACAGAGUAAUGAAUGUACUGUGAUAGAUAAAAACGAAAUAGAAAUUUCCAAUUGUACACGCAAAAGAAAACGACAGCCAAAUAGAAAUAAGAGUCAUAAUAACAAAGGCCAUUUUAAAAGUACAAAACCUUAUGUGAAUCAUAGUAAAGAUAAAUUUCCGUAUGGUUUCAGAAAAAGGAAAGUUACGUUAUUAGAAAAACUUUUACAAAAUGAAAUUAGACAUGAACGAAAUGUUUUAUUACAAUGUGUUAGGUAUGUUGUAGAUAAUAAUUUUUUUAUGAAUAAAUUUUAAAUAUGUAUUGACGUUGACCUAUUGUAAUAUAUUUUUAUUACAUGAA